AAGUCAAAACCAAAUUACAGCGUGUUCAAUCAGUCAUUUUUUUUCGAGAACCAAUGAACACGAAGGAAUUUUAAUUAAAAGAUGGCAAUACCGUGAAGAUUGAUUUAAGACGCUUGGUGUGUCUUUUUUUAUUUGGGCAAGCAGGACUUACUAUCAGUCAAAUAGCGAAAACGAAUUUUGGCAAGAUCGGAUUUCACUUUUUAGCUUUACGUCGAUCCUAAAAUGUGUGGGAUACCACCAUCUGCUAAAGAGUAUUGAGAUUCUGAACGCGAGGCUAUAAACUAAAAGACUCGAAUUCACACUUGACGUUGUUGCAUAGAGCUGACAUAUACUAAAGACUCGGAAAGCAUUGAAGUACGGUUACUUGAAUAAAAAGAGUUGGCUGAAGAAGGACAUCGCGCUCAGCUGUUAUAACUGGCUCCAGACACGAAAUCCGGCCGUUUGGCUCCCAACUAGUGAUAUUUUACCUCACCGUGCCUUAUCUCGCUGACUACGCUUACAAACAGAAUGAACAACACAACCACGUUUGAUCCUGAAUGCAAUUCCGAGUCAACCUAUAUAAAAUGGAUUUUACGGCUGGCCUACUCUGUUAUAUUUAUCCUUGGAACAUUUGGAAACGUAGUGGUCUGCAUAGCGAUUCUCAAGCGGAAAGGAAUGCAGACCAGUUGUAACAUGUUUACGUUCAACUUAGCAUUCCACGACCUGAUCCUGGUCAUUGUCUACGUUCCGACGCAAAUGUUAGUUUUGGAAAAUUGCUAUCACUGGCCCCUUGGAGGCUUCAUGUGCUAUCUUGCUUACAUAACACUUCCACUCUCGCUUUCUGUCUCCAUCGGCACCCUGUUGGCCAUCACUGCAGAUAGAUACCGCGCGAUUGUUUUUCCAGUAAAAUCCAGGCUUACCUACAAGACGGUGAUGCUGAUUGUUGCAGUGAUUUGGUUGGUUUCAGCUCUGACGGCUUUACCUCUCAUACUUAUUCUUAAGCAUUCCUCGCCAGAACCUGGAAUAUGGAUCUGCUGGGAGGCCUGGCCAACGGGCAAGGCAUCGGAAGCAUACUGGGUAUCAAUGUUUGUGUUCCAAUACCUUCUACCUCUGUGCGUCAUAGCGGUGCUCGCAGGAAUCACGGCGUAUACUUUGAAGAAAAAUUCCCUUCCGGUUGGCAUGGAGACAUGCGAACAAAGCGAAGUGUUCAGGAAAACCAUUCGAAAACGAGCCAAGCAAACAAAGCGGAUAACAAACAUGCUAAUCGCGCUUGUUGUGUUAUACGCCGUUUGCAUGCUACCGCAACAUGCCGUGUUUACAUUUUGGCUUAAAUAUCGUGACAGGGAUAACGACAGCUACACUGAGACGGAAUCUGUUCUCAUGAUUAUUGCCAACAUCUUCCCGAUAGCCAACAGUGCACUGAACGCAAUUGCAUACGGAACAUUAAACAAGGAGUUUAAGGCAGUUUUCAACGGUUUGUUUAAAUGUUUAUGCUUCGACGUGACCGCUCGCAAAGAGCUCUUUGAAAGACAAACAGUAUCUGGGGAAGAAAUGGAAGAAAGAAGAAAGAACGGCCGAGGUCUUCCUCUGCUUCAGGAUCAGGAAUGGAAAGACGGAAGUGGAGAUAUGGAGUCACCAGUUACAAGGAAGACAUACGACUGUGACAGAGGCGACAUAGGGAAGUCGUGCAACCAACGAAACAAUCUGCCAACCCAUGACUUGCAAGAAUGCCUGUUAGCGACGGGAGGCGAGGGGUGUAGUAGAAUGCAGGAACAGAAAAGAGGGCUGCAACACACUUUUCCAAGCGGUGAUGACCAGGUUCACGAGGAGACAGUCGUGUAAUUAGCAGAUACAAGAGAGGCAGAAGAAAGGUAGGAGAGUAAAUCCCCCAUAUACGCCUUAUUCCCAAAGGAAUCCCUUUUAAGUUUGUUUUAGACAUGUUACCCAUUUCUUCGGAGCAAAAUGUUACCACGCGCGUUGGCUGGAUUUUUCUUAAAAGAGAAAAGUGCGAGUAAAGUCGAUUGGGCCGCGGUCACGUGAGUGAAAUCGCGUCACAGGAUUGGCUAUCUCUUGACACUCGCGUGAUUUUUACAACCUGGGGCCCGUUUCUCGAAAGCCACGGAAACUUUUCGGGCCCGCAAAGCCAUUUUUAAUUUAGUU